UCAUAACCAAAAAAGAAAGAUAAGUGCACGCGAAUUACAAAACUUACGGCUUUAUAAUUUUUUAUAAAAGUUAUAUGAAAAAUACGACUUCAAAUUAAAUAUACUUAGAAUCUUUAGCAUAAAACACAUAAAUAUUGAAAAUGGUAGAUGCGGGUCAAAAUGCUUCGAUCGAUAACUUGGAUAAGGAUCAAAUGAAAACAUUCUCCGAUUUUCUGAUGUCCUACAAUAAAUUGUCGGAAAUGUGUUUCACAGAUUGCGUGCGCGAUUUUACUUCGCGUGUGGUCAAAGAUAAUGAGGAACGCUGUGCACUCAAUUGUAUGGAGAAGUACCUGAAGAUGAACCAACGUAUUUCACAGCGCUUCCAAGAGUUCCAAAUGAUUGCCAAUGAAAACGCCAUAGCGAUGGCGCAAAAGUCUGGUAAACUUUAACGCGUGUGCAACUUGGAAUGAUUCAUGGAUGUUGAGCACAAUGAAAGUGUGUAGAAUAAUUAGCCAGAGAUAUAAGCAUUUCCUCUGAAGCGUACAUAUGUGCAUUUGUUAACUUCACUACCAUUGUUUAAUAAAAGGUAAUUCUCUACUA